GAGAAGAGGGAGAAAGAGGAAAGAGAAAAGAGAAGGAGAGAGAGAAGUUAUGUUGACAACUUUAAUAUCCAUUUUGAUGUAAUGUAAACUUCGUGUUGUUGUUUUGUGCGGUUUUCAAUUUGAGGGGUCUUUCCUCUUUGUUUUUUCUCUCUCUCUGAGUGAGAAAAAGCAAAAUCUUCAUUGAGAGAAUGGCCCAGCACUGCGGAUCCAAAUCCCCAUUCUUUUCUGCUUUUGUAAGGCAUCUCACAAAGCAAAAUAUCACUUUUUGAUUCCCAAUUUCUUCUGGGUCUCUCUCUCUCUCUCUCCUCUUCAACAUUCAUUCAUCAAUGCCUUUCUUCUCCUUCUUCUGCAAACAAUGACUCAUCCGGUUUUCAUUCCCUUUGAAAUGACGAUACAUUAUCAUAUCUUGUUCAAUUGAAACCUCUGCAUUAUCAUCUAUGGCAUUAAUGGGCAUGAGUGCAAACAGGCAAUGCAAUAGCUAUUUCCCAGGAUAUCAUUCCCCAAGGUAUCUUGUUUUUGGUGCCGAAGGAAGCACAUGUACCUCAUCUAAUGGUAACAGUGAACGUGAGAAUGACUGUUACCAACUUGGUUCCUUGCCAUUGUCAUCUGCUUGUCAUCUUUUAGGAUACAACAAGGAACUUCUGAAACAAACAAUACUCCAGCAUGAAGCGAUAUUUAGGGACCAAAUUCAAGAGCUUCACCGCAUUUACCAGAAACAAAAGGAAUUAAUGGAUGAAAUUAAAAGGAUUGAACUCCAUAAACGUAGUUUAAGGUUGGAGACAUCAUUGUCAAGUUCCUUUUUGUAUUACUCACAAAACAUGCCUUGGUUGACUAGUCAAUCAUCUGUUUUAAAUGCCGAGCUCAUCCAAUUACCAUUGGCUUCUAUGCAAGAAAAGAGCAGGGAAUUAUGUCCUACUCCUCUUGCUGUUCCUGCUCCAACUGCAAUCAAAGAAUCUUUAGAAGAUACUAAACUAUCAGGGUUGACUUGCAGAAAAGUUGGUAAGAAAAUACUGGAUCUUCAACUUCCAGCUGAUGAGUACAUUGAUAGUGAAGGUGAAUCUUGUGAGAAUGAAAGGGUUAUCAAACAGCCCCCACUGUCAACUUAUACUUCAAAUGGAAUUUCUAAGGUUGUGUAUAACACUGUUGAGAAACCAUAUAGAAUCAAUUCUAAUGGUUUUGCUGACUUAAAUUUACCAUUUAAGCUUCAAAAAGAGACAGGUGUGGAGUCUGAUGAUUUUGGGGCCUCAAUCCCUCAUAGAAACCAUACAUUUCAUGGUAUGCUUGGGAGAAUGACAUCGGGUUCUCAUAAUUUUCCCAAUGAUGUCAUCCCGAAUUUGAAAAGAAGACAGGAUCAUGAAGCUUACCCAGAUCUCCCACUACCAAAUCAAGGGCAGAAACAUGGAUGGCUGCCCUCAGGUACUCAUGCUGGGCAAAAUGGCAGUAACUUGGGUUUUCUUGCUAAAUUUAAUGAUAUGGAAAGCCAAUCUGUUUCAAUUGAUUUCAUAAGUAAGAAGCUGAAACAAGUUAACAAUUGUCCAUGUUUUCAUUCGACAUCUCAAAUUGUCCCAGGAUCUAGAACCAAGAGCCCUGCAGGAACUCAUGAUCCCACCAGUGGUGGUUUGCUUGGACCAAGCUAUGCUUCAUGCACAUGUGCUCCUCACAAGCUUGUUUCUGAUUCUGAUAUGAAAAGUUCUGGUAUUUCACCAUCACUGUUAUGGAAAAGUACUACAUCUGGCCCUAAUUUAGAUCGUCGAAACUAUCUACCACCAAUUAGUGCUGGUGAUCUAAACAGCGGUGACAACUUUGGUUCAUCAUCAGCUGGCCAUGAGCUUAGGAAGUAUGUUAAGGAUUCGGAAUAUGUGGGGACUCACAAGAGCAUAAACCUGAAUAUUAUGCCUACUGGUUGUUUUGAUACAACAGCUGCAUCAUUUCAAAGCGUUCAGAUUACAGGUGAAGAAGAUAAGUUUCAAGAUUCAAGAUUGCCUUGGCUGAAAGCCAAGCCUGUACCUAAAGGAAAGCCCAAUGAAGAAAGUCAAACCUCAACCCAAGUUGACUCCUUCCUUUUGAAUCCUUAUAAAUCUGGGUGCAUGCAUUCUGAUUUGAUGUUCAGUAAGGUUGAAAAAAGUGACUUUUGUACAGACAAGACUCUUGCAUUUGACCUUAAUGGAAAGCCUCAGACAUCCAAAGUCUUCCAGAGCCUGUUCAAGAAUCAUUGGAUUGAAGAAAUUAAGAUAUCCAAUGUAAAUUCACUUUGUGAUAGUGAUCCUGACAUGGGGGAACAGGCACCUGCCAUCGAACAUUUCAUGAAGAAUGAGAAGAAACACAAGCAUUUGGCAGGUAUUCUUGACCUAAAUUCAUGCAUGAACGAGGAUGAGAAUAUGCCAAUUGAUAUUGAUUUACAAGCACCUGUAAGUCCAGAAAACAAGGAGUGUUCUCCACCCAGAGGAGAAUCUGAUGAAAACCAGCUUGAGAUGCUCUUGCAAUUGGCAGGGCAGGAGCAGGAGCAGGAACAGGAACAGGAGCAGGAUCUGGAAGAACAAGAAGACCAAACCGGAAUUGCAGCUGAGGCUUUGGUUUCCAUAUCAAAAACUGUGGCCUAUGAUGACCUCCAAAUGACAACUUGUCCAUCAUCUGAAUCUUCUGUAAGUAGUUCUCUCCAUUGGUUUUCUGGAAUUGUUUCUACAAUAGUGGAUCAUUCACAGUGUGAGGUUAAGGAGGAUUUCAAUUGUACCAUUAAAGAUCUUGAGGACUUUCUGCCUGCUGACUUUGAUUACUUUGAGUUCAUGUCCUUGAAUUUAACCGAGACAAAGGACCUAGAUUAUGGCUGCUAUAAGAGUAGUGGCCCAAAUGAGCAAGAAGGUGGAUCUACUUCACCAAUUCAACCAAGAAAGUGCCGAACAAACAGGAGGCGGCACGGAAACGACUUCCAAAGUGAAAUUCUCCCGAGUCUUGCUUCUCUGUCACGAUAUGAGGUGACCGAAGAUCUUCAAACCAUCGGAGGUCUCGUGGAAGCUGCCAGAAGAACUCAUUCAGCAACAGGUUGCCUAAGAAGCGCUGGCAGAAAUGCAUUGGCUAAGGGGAAGAGAAGGUCUUGUGCUUCAGCCUCUAACAACAUCACAGACUUGCUGUUGAACUUGAAGGAAGUAAAUAUUGACACUGAAAUUGCCAUUGAGAAAAUGGGAUUCAUAAGUUGGGGAAAGAUUUGUAGAAAGCCAAGGGGGAAGAGAGUUCCUACCAGGAAACCCCACUUAAUUUUUAGCCAAGUACAUAACUAAUUCUAAAUUUAAAGUUCAUGGACUUUUGGACGAGGUUUUUUUUUUUUUUUUUAUGAACUAUAGGAUCGUCUUGUAAAUGUCGUCAUAGACAAUUCAUGGUAUAUGAAAGUAUGUUAGAAGAAUAGAAAAGGAACUCUUAUGUCCAAUUUACUUAUUUGAAUCAAAUCCAUUCUCUCCUUACAGAGAUGCAAUGACUUUUAAUAA